UUGGGCACCCAUUAUUCGUUGCAUUCUAAUGUCAUCCGAUCCUUACUAAAACCCCAUAAUGCUUUCACCACCAUCCCCAUUUGCCUUCUUAAAAUGAAAAAAAUGGCUUGCAAAAUUUAUUUGGAAGUUUCUACUUUUAGGUAGUGGGGUUGGGGGUCUUCGGAUAGUCUAGUUUAAUUUUUGGGUUCUAUCUCCGUUUAUUGGAAUGCAGCGAAGUUAGGAGUCUUGGUAAUCUCGUUGGCCAGCAAUGCAGAAUCCAUGGGGUUUAUUGGUCCAUCAAGUCCGAUCACGAAAUGCUAUAUUUGCGGUUUAGCACUAGUGUGCUUUGACAACUUCCAGCCAUGGUGGCUCUCAGAUGUUGUUUCAGAGCAUUAUCUGAAGGAGGACAACAACAAGAAGAAAAUGUGAGGAUUUGAUUGGGCUAAGGAUUGACCAAUAAUCACUAGUCCAAUAAUGAGGUAAUCCAGAGCCCUGUACUGCAAACUAGUGUAAAUUUUUUCCCUUUUCUGGUACUAUUUUUAGGCCUAUUUUUUGAGGUUAUGUCACGUCACACGUAGAACCUCUUUAGUCAGAUCCUUAAAUCAUGGUUCUAAAAUCUAUCACUUGUAAACAAGUAAUCUUUCCCAAUCUGGAGUGAAAUUGAUUCUUCUUCCUAAAUAAGCGGGUGUUGUUCAAUCCGAGGACUAACGCUGGUCUAUCUGAUUUAGGUGGCUUCUGAGCAUGUUUUUAUCGUGCUUAGAAUUUGAGUUGGGGUGGCAUUUUGGCUGUUGGGGAUGAUGGAGAGGGUCAGGAAACAGAGCAAGGGGAUGGAAUCGAUCUGAGUCAGGUAGCAGUGUCUUGGUAGUCCUUAGUUAUGGAUUUAGACAAUUAGUCACACUUGGUUGAAUUGGGUACAAUCGGGAGCCGUCAAAUUCCAACUACAGUAGCUAAUGCUUUUGGUGAAACAUGAAUGUUGUUCGUUGCAGUUCGGCACGGUAUAGUCAGACUGUCUGUCUGUAGUUACAAGGUUUUUUCUAUGCUUGAAAGGAAAGGGACUUGCUUUGGGCUAGCAGUGGCAAGUUCCCUGCUCCUUUGUCCAGAACAAGGAUGAGAAAUCUGCUGAGGAAGCUUCACAUUGGGGGUAGCCAUUCAGAGGAUACAGAUGGUUCGAAGUCUCCAAAGGGGAGGUUUGCUGAGGGAAUGGGCCCAAGCCAAAGAGGCAAGCUAUCUCCAUCAGAGUCUCCAGGUUCUUCUUCAACUCUUUUUGAGCAGAAACCAUUUUCCAGUCUAUCUGGGUGGCUGGCUCCCAUGACACGGCACAGCUCUUCCUCUGCAUCUAAUAUCAGUCCUAGUGGAUCAAGCGGCGGAAGUAGUGCAAAAGAUAGACUGGAGACCUUAGGAAGUGCUUCUGCAACCCCAAGUGGGAGUUUUGAUAUGGGUGGAAGUGAACUGGUAUCUACAAACGUUGGGGAUACGCAGGCCGCUGAUCCAGCCAUGGAAGAAGAGUAUCAAAUACAGUUGGCCAUGGCGCUGAGUGUAAAUGAUGAUCCUGAGGCAGUUCAGAUUGAGGCUGUAAAACAAAUAAGCCUCGGUUCCAGUUCUUCAACCCAAAAUACAUCAGCAGAAGUUGUUGCUUACAGAUAUUGGAACUACAAUGCCCUGAAUUACGAUGACAAUGUGGUCGAUGAUUUCUAUGACUUAUAUGGUGUGGUGUCUGAUUCUAAAUCAGAUAAGAUGCCUUCUCUGAUAGAUUUGCAGGGAAUACCUCUCACGGAAGAUAUCACCUGGGAAGCUGUUUUGGUCAAUAGAGCAUUGGAUUUGGAUUUGGCAAUGCUUGAAAAGAAGGCAUUGGCAUUGGCCGUUGAAUCCAAUGCACGUACGGUAAGCUGGACCAGAUGUAAGUUGGUCCAAAAACUUGCUGAUCUGGUUAGUGAUAACAUGGGAGGACCAGUUGGUGAUCCUGAUGACAUGCUGAGGCGCUGGAGAAGGACAAGACAUAAUCUUAGAGCUACACUGAGGAACAUGGUCCUGCCUUUAGGCCAGUUGAAAGUGGGUUUAGCCAGGCAUCGGGCAUUGCUGUUCAAGGUAUUGGCUGAUUGUGUUGGCAUUCCAUGUCGGCUGGUCAAGGGGAGAUAUUACAUGGGUACAGAUGAUGGAGCAGUGAACAUCAUAAAGGUUAAUGAGAGGGAGUAUAUUGUCGAUCUGAUGGGAGCUCCAGGCACUCUUAUCCCAGUUGAUGCAACUGGAACAAUUCCACCCCAGAUCAAAUCUGAGAAUACGCUGUAUACAAUCAAUGAAUCUGUAAAAGAUGUUGAAGUUGAUUUGUCAGCAUCAUCUAAAGGCAGAUUGCUGAGUUCCGUGGCUGAUUGUUCACAUGAUGAAAGCAGUGAGGAGAGGAGACUAGAUUCUGGGAAGAUGGCCUCUGAGUUGAGUGGUUCAGUGGAGAUUUUCAGAGAUUCACAAGGGAAUGCGGGUGGUAUUGGCAGAUUUCAAGGAGGGCCAAUCUAUGACGAAAGCCGAUUGAGGUUAGAGUCAGAUGAAAAUUCUGAGCUUCAUAAACUUGAGAGACUUCCUCCUCGGGCUUAUUCAGGUAGAUCAAGUUAUCCCUAUUCGCAUGCAAGAUCUCCUUCAUGGACAGAAGGUAUCGGUUCACCAGCUGUACGACGAAUGAAAGUUAAGGAUGUUUCACAAUACAUGAUGGAUGCUGCUAAGGAAAAUCCUGGAUUAGCACAAAAGCUACAUGAUGUAUUAUUAGAAAGUGGUGUGGUUGCGCCACCAAAUUUGUUUACUGAAAUUUCUGCUGAACAACUUCAGGCUCAGGUUACAGAAGACAAGAAGAUAAUUGAAGAUAAGAUAAAUGAAAAGAGGAAAAGGCAUAGAGCUAGACGUGCAGAUAAGAGUGGUUUAGGCCCUUCCCAACUUCUGCCUCCUGUACCCCGGCUUGCUUCAUCAACAAAGGAUGGAGAUUCAAGAGAACACUUACAACGACUGAAUUCAGUAGAAGGCCUAGGAGAUCGACGACCACUAGAAUUGGUUGACCCCAUUCCUGUGCUUUUAUCCAGUGAUUGCUCCCAGGCAGCUUCAUCAACCACCACAGGUACAUCAUCUUUGGCAGCUACUGUACAGGAUACCCUUCCUCCAGAGUUGAUAAGACAUGUGCCUGUUGCUGCAGCUGCAGCUGCUACAGCAGCUGUUGUAGCAUCUUCAAUGGUUGUAGCAGCUUCAAAAACUAAUGUAGAUCAAACACUUGAAGUUCCUGUAGCAGCUGCUGCAACAGCUACUGCUGCAGUAGUUGUAGCAACAUCUGCAGCUGUAGGCAGGAGAUAUGAGCAGCUGGAUCAUGGGGUGCAGAUAAUUGAGGAUCCCUGUGACAAAGUUGCAGAUGGUGGUGUAAAGUCUGUGGAAGCAAAUGGAGCUGUGAGAAAUUCACAAGGAAGUUACAAUGGAAAAGAAGCAGUGUGUAAUGAGGCAGGGCCUGCAAAUAGAGCUGGCCGCGAAGAUGAGAGAAGCUCAGACAAGUCAAAUGAGAAUGAAAGCACAAAAUCUGAUAUGGGACUUGAUGAUGUAGCAGAAUGGGAAAUUCCCUGGGAGGACAUAACUUUGGGUGAACGCAUAGGGCUUGGUUCCUAUGGGGAAGUAUAUAGAGGCGAUUGGCAUGGGACUGAAGUUGCUGUGAAGAAGUUUUUAGACCAAGAUAUAUCAGGAGAUGCACUUGAAGAAUUCAGAAGUGAGGUACGAAUUAUGAAAAGGCUUCGGCAUCCCAAUGUUGUUCUCUUUAUGGGUGCGAUUACUCGUGCUCCAAAUCUGUCAAUAGUAACAGAGUUCCUUCCAAGGGGGAGUCUGUAUAGACUGAUUCAUCGUCCAAAUAACCAGUUGGAUGAGAAGAAGCGGCUGAGGAUGGCACUGGAUGUUGCCAAAGGAAUGAACUAUCUUCAUAGCAGUACUCCAGUAAUUGUACAUCGUGAUUUAAAAUCUCCAAAUCUACUUGUGGACAAGAAUUGGGUUGUGAAGGUUUGUGAUUUUGGAUUGUCACGAAUGAAGCAUAAUACAUUUCUUUCAUCCAAAUCAACUGCUGGAACGGCUGAGUGGAUGGCUCCUGAAGUUUUGCGUAAUGAACCGUCAAAUGAAAAGUGUGAUGUGUAUAGCUUUGGUGUAAUAUUAUGGGAGCUUACUACUCUUCAACAGCCAUGGGGUGGAAUGAAUCCCAUGCAAGUAGUGGGAGCUGUGGGCUUUCAGCAUCGACAACUUGAUAUCCCGAACGAUAUGGAUCCCACAAUUGCAGACAUCAUAAGACAAUGCUGGCACACUGAUCCAAAGCUGCGGCCAUCAUUUUCCGAUAUCAUGACUGCUUUGAGGACUUUACAAAGAUCUUCGUUAUCCACACAGGCAUCUAGGUUAAGUGUAUCAAAUAAUCGUUCAUCAGUGUUACCUAAGGGACAAGCACCGACUAAGAUUGAGCUGCAUGCAAAACAAAAUCAUCUUGGACAGGGUCUGGCUGCCAGCCAAACUGAGUUACAAAAUUUAGGGGAUGAAGACACGCAACCUAUUGGUUCGUGACAUCUUUACAAGGCCUGUAUUGAGGUUGGGUGCUUAAUUUUCCAGCCUAAGGCUGGAAAAUAAUCAUUAGAAUAUUUAUUAUCUUACAUGUCAUGCAAUGUAUAAUGCACAGAAAAAAGUUGUUUUUCUUGCUGUUAGGGAAAAUCGAUCUCGUGUGAUUCAUAUCCUGAUCAUGUCGCUUCAGUCUGUGUUUACUUCAUACUAUUUAGAGCUUCCUGCACAGAUGCUACGAGCCUUAUAAAUUGCUGCCAAUGAUUAAUAUGCUUCUGAGAUUCAUCUUGAUCCAAUAAUUGGUCAAGUCAAGAUUUCAGGAACUGCAGUUGGAGUAUACUUGUAUUUACAGAUUGACAACUGGAGCAGAGGCCCUGAGUGCCGGUGCAAUGAAAGUUUCCUCUCCUUUUUCUUAAUUGGUAAUAAAUUUUAUUCAUUUGUUGAUGAGUUUCAUGUAGUAAAGAAUGCAUAUUACAACAGUGUGAAUCAUCAGAAUAUUUGUCCCAUUUAAUAUCCUCAAACUACAUGUAGAUAUGCCACGAUGAUACGGCAAUUGAUAAAAACAACUUUUACAUGUGAAAUAAUACUGGAAAUUAUCUUUGCAUUGCA